UCACUCCUAUCUUCACCACUUCAUCACUACACCAAGUUAACAGGAGAAGAACAGGAGUAAUGGCGAUGAUGAAGAAGAAGAUGGGUGUGUGUCUGGUGGUGAUGAUGGUGAUGAUCCUUGUGGUGGUGGAGCUGCCACACACGGUGGAGGCGGUGACUUGCAGCCCGGUGGCUCUGAGUCCGUGCAUGGGAGCGAUAUCGUCGUCGUCUCCGCCGUCGAGCGAGUGCUGCCAGAAGCUGAAGGAGCAGAAGCCGUGUCUGUGUGGGUACCUCAAGAACCCUAGUCUGAGGCAGUACGUUAACUCUCCUGGGGCCAAGAAGGUUGCUUCCUCUUGUGGGGUCCCCAUCCCUUCUUGUUGAAUAAGUCAAACUAGUUUUACAGUAAGCUUGUGAUCGCUAUCAGUUAAUUAGUCAGUACAAGUCAACAACAAGCUCUGUUAGUGAUAGUGUGCCACCUCCAAUCCCUUACUUGAAAGAGGUGUCAGGUUAUGUUGAAAUUUGAUAUUGACAUGUUUGUGUGUGCGCGUGUGAGUGUGUGUCUCUUUUUUUAUAUGGAAAGUGGUGUAAAAUUUUGGGGGAAAAAAAUAAAGUACCAGGAUAAGUGUUUCAGGAAGAGUUUCAGAAAAUAUUCUCUCUCUUGGGGAACAUUCAUGCCGUUCAAGAUUCAAGUUGGUUAUGGCUUGAACAAGAUCAUGGGAAAGAUGUUUUAAGUGUCAUGUAAAAGCUUUUUUAUUUUAUUUUAUUGAUGAUUAAUGCCAUUAUCUUGUUGAA